AUGUGGCCCUUCUCGGGGUCCUUAUCUAGAAAGACGUCAAUGACCAGCUCAGCUGAGUUUGCUGGUAAUGGCUUUUAUACUUUGCUGCCAAGUCAUUGGCCGACAGCCUCUGGCUCUUCCACCCUUCACGUGGUUGUGCGAAAAGAGCCCUUCGAGGAAGUCGGUCGACUGGCAUACGCAGCACGUGGCCAAGCCAGCGCAACCUAUGCACUGUGCUCAGUUCAUCUAUCGAGGGCUUCUCGAUCGAUUUGGUCGUUGCUCAGUAGGCCCAUGCUUGUCAAGCAUGUGAUUAGCAUCGCCCGCAGAUCUCUUAUCGUCCCACAGUCUUCGUCAGCCUUCACGUCUGCCCGAACCUAUCCUUCGUCCCUUUCAUGCAACCCAAAUCAUAGGACACUAUGUAGCGCCACGCCAACAGGAAAUGUUGUCGCCGUUCACCCCGACAAUGCUGAUUCCUCAGAUUUGGAUAACACAAUCCGAGGGAAGAUGUACAUAGAAUUUACGUGUAAAAAAUGUAACCACCGGUCCUGUAAACACUUCUCUAAACAUGCUUACCAGAAGGGAAUUGUGAUUAUUCGAUGUGCAGGAUGUCAAAACCUGCACCUGAUUGCAGAUAACUUAGGCUGGAUCAAGGAUAAGCAUUGGAAACUGGAAGAUUUCGUCAAGGUGAAUCGAAAGGCGAGAGGGCCCAAGGGGUUGAUGCGCGAAUUAACUGACCGGAAGGUUCGUGGUUCGAACCCGACCUCUGCCUCUCGGCUUCCCCUGUCUAGGCUUGGGCCAAUUGGCAGUAUCCCGACCCUCAUGCUUCCCUCUGGUGACUUGGUAGUUAGACACUGGAAGGAUUCUGCAGCUGAACGUUGUGUUACAUCCACUUAG